AUGUUCCCGUGGGAGUGCACCACUGGUGCACCCGAUCAGAAAUCCUCGCGGUGUUCCACAGUUUGCUGUGAUGGGCGUGAAUCAGGUUUCGUACGUGUUCCUUCAUUGCAGUGGCCACGGGAAAUCGGCUUCAAACUGGAGCCAGCUUUGCGAGACGUGCUGCAGACUAUCUUCCCUGGCUCACAGCAGUACAGUAAAGCGGAGGCGGCACUCGACCAACAUGGCUUGGGCACGUUUGAGGCCAUCUGGAGUCUGUACGGAGGCGCCUAUACCAAUGACACCUACCUAGCUUCCAACAGGCUGGUGAAGGACACUGGGGUCCUGUGCGCGGCAGAUGCAGCGCAACUGCUACAGAGAGCCCAGCAGCACGACGCGAAGAAGGGGGCUGGUGGUGACGAAAUGGAUCAACCACAAGACCUCUGCCAACGAUUCCAUAACCGCCUCGUGGAACUCCUUGGCGGCGACCGGGUGGCACCUGUCCUGUACAUUUCCCAGGCAGACGGCAGCAUCUGGAGCCCGAUUCAGUUCCUGGACAAUCGCAGCGGAGGCAUCAAGGUAUAUAACAAGAAUGGCCACCUACAACCGCAGCAGAAGGGGUUCUACUGGUGCUCGGCCUGCUCCUCUGGCUGCUUCCCUACACACGCGUUGCCCCCCGUGGUGAAGGCCGAGGACGAGUGCACUGCCCUGAAGCGGCGCAGCUCUGGCAGUGAGAGUGGAGGAGAGAGCAGCAUGAAGUACAACAACGUGAACCGGGCGAAGAAGAUCGCUGACAUGAUGGUGGCAGACACCCGGGAGCCAUACCAGGUGAGCGACUGCUACAGCGGGCUUCUAUCUUCUCGUGAACCAGCAUACUGGCUGACGAUCGGGCGGCAGUGGUGGAACCACCACAGCGACAGCAGCCAGCUCAGCGCACAGGAGCUGGUGGCACCAGUGUGUAGGGCGGAGAUCAUAGCAGUGGCAGUGCGACAGCGGCCGCAGCCAAACCCCUCGGGUCCCGUGCAGCAGCAACAACGUCGCCAGCAGCCACAACGACUCUCAGGAUGGGGCCCUCAGUCGCCACCACAACAGCAGCAGCAGGGUGAGGGCACCACGAGCGACACUACACGGACAACGCAUGGACGGGGCAGUGGAAUGGCGCUGGUAAUUGCUACACGGUCUUUCAUCACGGCAGCACACUACAUGAGUGUCGCCACCGUGGCGGCCAUCAGCCCGAGCAACAGGCAGCUGGCUGGCAGGGGGCGCGGUGUGAUGCUUGGUGUGAGCGUCAUCAACACACCAGGUGGGUCGACGCCGGCAGUGGCAAACGGCCAGCCGACGAGCAAAAUUUACAACGAGUCGGACCUGGACUCUUCUGCGGCUGAUGGCACGUCACUGUGGAGCCCGUGCUGCCCGUGA